CUGGUCAUACGAGCAAUCGCUGUUAUUGUUUACAUCCGGGGUAUUCGGCGCACGAGCGCUGACUGGUAGGCAGAAAGCGUUAGGAGAUCAGAUUACUAAUUAGCAUACCGGCGCGGAAGCAGAUCGUACUGUUUACGCGAAUUUGCGCAUUUUCAGCCACGUUUUUAUCGCAUCCAUGGGAUUUUUUCAGAUUUUGUAUUUUUUUCACUACUUCUUAGUCUUUUUUUUUUUUUUCUUGUGUAAUAUUUUGGGAGAAAAUGACCCUUGCCCUCUUGACUUCCGUCAUGUGUUUCCGGUUGUUUUGAUUUUCCCGCCGUACGGGCUUUCUGUCAUCCGUUCCGGGCUGUUAUAUUUCUGUUCCUAAUGUGGUUUAAUUAAUACGUUUAAUCAAUAUGAGUUCUUCAAACAGCUACAUUAGCUCUUUGGAGCCUAAUGACCGAACCAGGUAUUUUGAGAAAUUAAUGGUAAGUGUCGAAGACGCCGGCGAUAGUUCAAACCCGGAAGUGACUGGUUCGGCGGUGACUGGUGACGGUGUACGCCUACCUGACCCAUACAGUCUGACAGGUUGGAAGGAUGAUUUGAGCCUCUGGCCAGAUACGGACUAUGGGUGCAUCUACACCUACCUAAUCGAGGCUCCAGGUCCGUUUAACGGAGAAGCCAUGAAAGCCUAUAAAUCCCUGGAGGCGUAUAAUCUCUUUAUAAGUGGCCAUGUGAGGGAGUGCAGGUACCACCCUAUUGGAAAAAAUGUGAAGGUCUGCUUCCUUAAGGCCAAGGUUGUGCCAGGACAGAGAGUAACAGAGACUCCUCACAACCCAUGGGUGUGUUUGACCAAAAAAGAGGGUUAUGUCAUGGCAGCUCACUGCACUUGUAUGGCAGGGGAGGAGCGACCAUGCAGUUUGUAUGUGGCAAGAUAACUGUCUUAAUUUUUUUUCUUGGUUCAUGUUCUUGUGCUUGAUGGUUUCCAGUUGUAUUUGUACCUGUUGCAAAUGCAUUUCUUCUUGUUGAUGUUCUUGUUGCAGGUUUUACUUGUUGAUGUGUUUCGUUUUCUAGGUAAUUUGGAGUUAUCAACAGUUCCUGAGAGUGAGUAU